UCUGCCCCCGCCGCAGGACGUCGAGGCGGCGAUGAGACUCCCCUUGGCUUUCGCCCUCCUCCUCCUGGCCUCGGCGCAGGGGCUGGCCGAGGAGAUGGGAACCACCGACGACCUCAGCUACUGGUCUGACUGGUCUGAUGGUGACCAGGUGAAGGAGGAGCUGCCGCUGCCCCUGGAGCACUUUCUGCAGAGGAUGGCCAGGAGACCCCGGCCCCAGCAGUUCUUCGGCCUCAUGGGCAAGCGGGAUGCCGGAUACGGCCAGAUCUCUCACAAAAGGUCCUCUGAAAGGAGCACAGCACAGACCUACGAACGGAGGCGUAAAUGAGACAUUCCUGGGCGUUAUUUAUUAAACUUCAUUUGUUCCAAUGGCCAAUGCGGUGUAAUAUAAACUCACCACUGUACGGAAUAAUUAUUUAUUUAAUAACAACCAGCGGGUGGUUGUUGGGGUUUGGGGUGUCUUUUUUUUUUUUUUUUUCUUUUCGGUUGUACAUUCAAUAAAAAGAUUAUUUUUCAUAUCGUGGCAGUGAUACAUGUUGUGUAGGUGCGUUGUGGUUCCGAAAGGACCAGCGACCCCGGUGACGUCUCACAACAAAGCACAUCAUUUGGUAGGACCCGUGAAGUGAUGUUCCCUAAACAAAGAAAAAUAUCCUUUUGUUCGUUGAAGGCGAGCUUGUCAGCUUCACAGCCAGCGCAGAACAGAACUGAUGUACAGUCUAGUGCCUCAAUUUGUUUUCAUGGUUUACAAUGUACUGUAAUUUCCGUAUCAAAAAAUAUAUUUGUAUCAUUGCAGCAUGUUUUAUGUUCUGUGAUUAUGUAUCUAUAUAUUUUAAAAAGGGGGAGGGGGGGGGUAAGGCUUGAAUGGGAAUCCGAGGUCUUCAUUUCAUAGUCUGGAAUUUUAUGAUAGUAACAUUUUAAAUAAAAAGCUACUCCGGGGAUUUUGCAACAUA